CAGGUCAUACUACCGUCAGCGCAAAUAGUGAUGUAUCAAAACAUUGUGUCCGAAUUACGUAGUGCUGCUAAGACGAAUGAUGAAUUUUAAAUCAGUUCCAUGGCCCCCUCUUCGAUUACGUGUUGAGGUUGCAUAGAAUUAUUGUUGUAUAACACCCAAUCUAACCUUUCUCCAACUUCCAACAUUCAAAGUAGUUUGAAUCGCACUGUGCAAGUAUAUUGUGUUGUGAUUGAAAAAAGUUGUAAGAACGAUUGAAAGUGACUUGAUUUUAAGUGACGCUUUUCGUAAUUUUGUUACAAGAUGCCUUCCGUACAAGAGCAGCAUCCCUUACUGAUUUGCACUGAAGAGGACAAAGAAGAAAUAAAAAGGCUACUAGAAAUCAAAGAUGCAAGACUACACGAAGACAUUGAAGCGAUCUUGGACUGGUUCAACAAGCAGCCCCAUUUAGUCGAAGCUGGCAUCGACCGUGAUAUUGUCGAGAGGAUGCUGAUCAUAUCAAAAGGCUCAAUCGAGAAGACCAAACAUAGAAUCGACAAUUUCUACAAGUACAGAGCUUUGGCGCCCGAGCUUAUUCAGAACAGGGAAAAUGUUCUUUCAGAUCCAAGCGAUCUGUGGUCUGUUUACACCCAAAUCUCGAUACCCAGAAUGUACAAUGGAAGCAGAAUAUCGGUGUUCGCAGUUCACGAUCCGGACCCUAGCAAUUUCUCUUCUGAAGCGCUGUUUAGAAACACAUUUAUGCUGGUCGAUCUACGUUUGAAGUAUGACUAUUUCCUGAACGACAUAUGGUUGUUGGACAUGAAAAACACAAGUUUUAGUCAUGUACUCCGUUUGAACCCGGUUGUGUUGCAAAAGACCGCUCAAAUAUUCCACGAUGGUACGGGAUUACGAGUAAGCGCCAUUCACGUUAUAAACGCGACGAACGUAUUCCAACAUUUAGUUAGCUUCAUGAAACAAUUCUUCAAUCCAAAAUUAAUGGAAAGGCUACACGUCCACGAUAGCUUAGAAGAAUUACAUAAAUAUAUUCCCAAGAAGUAUCUACCCAAAGACUACGGCGGCGAGGAAAUUUCUCUUUCAGAAUUCAGAAACAUAUACGAGAAGGAAAUAAGAAGCACAAAUACCAAGCGUGUCGUGAUAGAAGCCAGUAAAAUGAUUUCCAAUGAAAACAGACGACCGGCAUCAAACAUAAAUGAAGAUUACCUGGCGGGUUCGUUUAGGAAAUUGGAUUUCGAUUAAUCUCAUUUAAUAAGUUAACUAGUAUUCCUUGCCGCAUGCUGUGGAAUAUCAUCUAUAUAUUAAUACGUGAAGCAAAAACUUUGUAUCCCUUUUUACGAAAAUUGCGUGGACGGAGGAAUAUGAAAUUUUCCACACUUAUACAGAAUAUAGAGAAGAAGUGCACAAUGCUAAUAAUAUUUUUUUAAAAUAAUGCAUAAAAGAUACAUUAAAUCAAUAUACCAUGUAUUUGACGCACACACGCAUGCAUACUAUUUAUUGUCAAAUUUUUGUUCUUGACGUCUGUUGUCAAAUUGAGAAUAGAAUAUGGUUUGUCUUUGUUAAUAUUUUAUAUAGUGUAGUCUUGGUGAAAUUUGUGAUUAUAGAAGUAUAAAAUACAAUCAUAAUAGUGUACAAACUUACAAUUCCAAUUAAUUAUAGUCGAAUUUCGAUUACUGCAAUACCUCUAGUACUUUUAAUUUUACGAAAUACACAUACUAGUACGGUGUCUGAACUAUUUGAUAUUUAAUUGGUUAUAAUUAAGCCCUUUGUUUUUGUUCUCGCCGAUUGAUUGCAAAUAUCAAGUGUGAAAGACAAAAAAGAACAAAUUGACACUAUUGUUUUCUAAAAAAAAACGCAUCUAUGUGAUAAUAAUUUCGUGAUUGAAUACGUAAAUUCAUUCUGCAGUCAAAUAAAAAUGAAUUUGGUUAAGAUUCCCACGAUUGGCUGUAUCGUUUUAUUUCUAAAUGGAUUACUUUAAAAUUAUUUUAAUAAAUUAAUAUGUGAAUAGUGUAUAUGGUAUAAUUAUAUUAUUAUAAUAAUAGUCAAUUUUAUUAUGGAUAAUGUUUAAUUAAGUUAUUUUAAAACAGUUUUUGGAACUUUAAAUUUUAAUUAUUAAAUCUAUACUUAAUAGUAAUAUAAAUACGCAAAUAGUUAUAUGUUUUUAUUCUAGAAACUAUUUCCUAUUUUAUCAUCACUCAUAAUGUCAAUUUUGUGGUUUUAAAGUUAAGUAAGUUGUUAAUAUACUUCUAAAAACUGA